AUGCCCAACAGUAAAUCUUCUAAGUGUUCCAAUGCUUCUAGUUGUUCUGCAAAGAGUGAAUAUAAUGAGACACGCUCUGGUGCUCUUAAAGCAAUUGUUAACCCAUACAUCAAGGUGAAACUACAGAAUGAAAUUGAUUCUCUAUAUCAAAGUUGCAAGACAGCACAAGAGGAGAAACAAAAGGAAGGAGAGAUUACGGAAGGGACCUGUCGGCCAGGCGAAAGUAAAGAUAAUACUGACAAAAACACAACUCCCGGGUUGGAAAGAAAGUACAAGGAUCAAGAUAACCAAUCAGGAAAACAGAAAAUAAUCGUGAAGAGGACUGUGGAAGAUCUCAUCUUGGACUUGAAUGUACUAAUUAGUACGAUUGAAAGACAGCUUGACAUAGAUCCUAAUCAACAAGGCUACAUUGACGAGCACCUUAAGGAAAAUAACAAUAAACUUAAAGUAUUUCUGGUUCAAAUCAGAGACACGCUUGAUACAUCAACAACUUACAAAGAAAAGAUGCCAGUCAUACUUGAUGCUGCUUGUAAGGCAUUGGAGACUAUCACUUCUUCAGGCAAAGAUGACAAGAGACAGAAGGUUGAAGAGAUCUAUAACAAGAUACUUGCUUUGGACAACCAGAUGCCACCAAUUGAUGACACAGAAGAAGCGGCGCAGAAUCUCCAAUUAGGGAAGAAAAAGAUGGAAGAAUACAAGUCGAGGGCUGAAGCUUUGCAGGUUGAGGAAAGUGUUCAUGACAAACGUGAGGAAGCACUGGAGGAAUUUAAGAAUGCUACAGGGGAAGCAAAGAGUUAA